CUUUUAUUGUAGCAGUACGCCCUUGGGCUGACAGGAUCUUUUCUCUAUAUAUAUAUAGAAAACUCUUAAAAAGGCCUAUAGGCGAACUUGAAUAAUGUUUCGCCUCGCUACGAACGUGCUAUGUCUGUGGUGGUUUUGCUUUAAAAACCGCUACGGAUCUACAGGAGCUGUGGCGGUUGCCCAUGUUUUUUUGCAUGAAGAAAUACCACAAUGAGCUUACUAUGUCCGUUGUGGUCGUUUAAUCCACAUCGUCCAAAAAAAUCGGACGGUGCCGAGCCUAUGGACAAAAAUACUAUUCAUUUCGCCCAUAGGCAUUGCGCAGUGGCUUCUAUAUAUAUAUAUAUGUAUGUAUGUAUGUAUGUAUGUAUGUAUGUGUGUUUGUUUGUUGCAUUAGCAUCACCUUUUCAAUUAUGUCUGACAUCCAAAUCCAUCUUAGAGAUUUUAAAAUUUCAUGGGUUAGUAAUUACUACAAUCACGAUAAUUAAUCUGAAAAAUAAAUAAAUUUUGAAUUAUAGAAAUAACGUAUUUUGAAUUUUUUUUUGUGCCCUCCAUUUUAAUUCUUUGCCGAUCAUCUGAUCUGCAUUAUUUUUGAAGCUGCUGAAAUUGCUUGGAUCUGAAGCGGAAUGUAUUUGUAGUGAUUUGAGAUGUAUUUCCCUUCUUAAAUCCAUGGAAAACCAAAGUGGACUCAUGUGUUGGGUGAUGCAUGAUAAACUCUCUUAACACACACACACAGAGUGAAACAUAUAUAUGCAUAUUCUCUCUUUAUUAUGGUUUUUAAGUCCAAUUUGUACUAUUCAGGCUUUUGGUAUCAUCUUUUAUUGCUGUCCUCAGUCAUAUGUGAUGUGCUCUUAGUUACCCAAUCAAGGAUUGUGCUGUGCUGUAAGAGAUUGUCUUAUCCCCAAGGAGGGUAAUUAAUGAUUAGUUUCAUAAGGAAAACUCGUUUCCUGAAAUACUUCUGUACCAUCUCGAGAUUUGUUGAACCUGUCACAUAUUUCGAGGUAAUCUGAACUUGGAGACAUUCUUAACAUUUAAGUUGUUAUGUAGACAUCCAUGCCUCUUGUCUUUCCAUCGGAGCAGUGUUUCUGUCAUAUUCCAGGCUGCUGGCCUGGGGAUGGUGCCCAUACUUUCCAACAUGGGGAGUGUGUCAUGGGUACAACAAAAUAGACAGAUCAGUUCAAACUGUGUCAUGUCAGUGACAAACGAUGCAUCUUGCCACUUUCAGUCCUUCGCAUUUAAAGUAUGCCUCCUUAAAAAAGAAAUUAUCAUAAAAGGCAUUAUUUUGAUGAAGUUGGUAAUUAAGAUGCAUAGUGGCAUAUACGGCCCUGGGUUGGGAAGUUUUUGUAUACUGUAUUCUCUUACAAGGUCAACAGUUUCAAAAAAAGAUGUAUUGUGGCAUAUUGAAUUUUGUGUUGGAGCACUAAAUGUCUCUACACUUGUAGACACCAAACCUCUUGUGGUGUCUAUGUGGCUCUGCCUAGGAGGAAAAAAGGAAACAUCAUCUUUUGGAAGAUGAAGAGAAGCUUUUGUGUGUAUGUGUGUCCAUGGAUAGUGAAUUAGUGAUGCAUUGGUAAAAGGUGAAAGGGUAGGCUUGUCAGCUUCUAAUUCCCACAGGUAUAGGACUGUUUUUACUUGGAUUUUUCCAAUGGACUGUUGUGAUGGUUGAAUGUUUUGGGAAAUGUCAGGGUGCUUUCUAUUGCUGACGGGUUUUUCAUUCAUAAGGGCUGUGUUAGAGUUACCUGAGUGCAAUGACAGAUGAUGACCUUCAUUGAGGUAAUUAUCAGUGCGUACAUGAGAUGCUACAAUCACCAUUAAACAUUUUACCCUACGAUUUUUUUAUUCUUCCAUCGGACAUUGUUCCAUUUCCUUAUAAGAUUAUGGUGGUUUCCACUAUCAUAUGCCAUUUGGAACACUCAUCUAAUGUGUCCUUUUACUUAGUUGAUGUAAAAAUUAGCAAAGAGCUUCUCAAUCAAGGGGUGGGAUCAUCUGUAUCAUAUUCUGUGCCUGUGUACGAUGUUACUUAACUGGAAACAUUUACCGUGAAACCUACCCGACCUGUUCUUAUGUGGACAAGUUUACCAAAACUUAUUGGCAUGCAAUCACUCAAAGUGACCAUAUAUUUACAGCCAUUUGUAUGAACUGUGAAUAUCUUUGUUGUGUUAUUGUUUCUAACUAAAUAAUUUCUUGGUUGGUCUCGUCUUUUGUUUGCUGCUACCAUGUUUUGCUCUAUCUGACUUUUACACCUAGAUUCCGAUCUGCAUGUCCAGCAGUCACAAUAAUCAUGAAAAUAUUGGAACUUGGUUUUAUGGUAUGAUAUCAUCAAUUUGUAUUAGUUCAUUACACUUUUUCACGAUUUGGGCUUGGGCUUGAUUGGUUAAGGUGUUGACAUUGCAACACCACACCGCCAGUUUGAAUCCCACUGCUGAACUCCUGCAAAAAAUGCGUAUUCACUUUCCAACAUGAAGGCUAUUGGACUUUAGUCUGCUUGGUCAUGGCCAUCAUGCUCUUUUUAAAUCCUGGCUAGACCGAAGCGGCCCAAGCCGAUGACACCUUCCUCCAAGCCCCCUGACCCUGCACCUGACGAGCUCGCAAAGAGGCGCGAGUUCAACAGGCUUAGGCAGCGCAAGUACCGAGCUCACAUGAGUCCAGAAGAGAGGGAGCGCACUAAAGAGCUACAGCGCCGAUAUCGACAGCAGCUCCCUGUGCGCAUGUGCAAAGCCAUGCGCAUGCCCAUCACACCUGAGAGCAUCGCCUAUGCCGCCAAGAUGGUGCGUGAACGCCAACGCAUACUCCGCCUCCACAGAGUGAGUGGCCCCAAGAAAAACCCCAAGUCUCAUGUGCACAACGAGACUGGCCAUGUGCUCAGUGAUGGAGCCACAGGUGAGCCAAGUAGGCUUAAGAGACCUCCCACUUGUAUGGAAGAUGUGGCUCGUGAGUUCAUUGCGUUUGCCUCUUUCUCUCUCUACCAGAUGCCCCUCUUGACGUGUAGGCAGUGCAGGGAUGCGGUUGAGAAGGCAAAGGGGGAGCAAGGGGCUCAGAAUGUGGUGCAUAGUUGUACUUAUGGGCUAGUGACCACACCACCUUGUAAUGGUGCAAAAGGGAGCACCACAUGUAAUGGUAUUGGUGCGCAAAUGCGGAGCACUGCAUGUGGUACUACAGUAAAAAUGGUGGGCAGUGUAUCCAAUGGCAGUUGUGUACAAAUGGUGAUUGGUACAUGUGAUGAUAUUGGUGUACAAACUAGUUCUGCUGGGUGUAAUGGUAAUGGAGUACAAAAGGGGGGCAGUGUAUGCAAUGGCAAUUGUAUACACAUGGGGGGUAGCACGUGUAAUGGCAAUGGUGUACAGAUAAGUGGCGGUGUAUCGGACGGCAAUGCUGCAUGCAAUGGCAGUGGUGUACCAAUGGGAGCAAGUGCAUGCAAUGGCAAUGGUGUACAAAUGGCAGCCGAUGCGUUGAAUGACAGUGGUGUACAAAUGGGGGGAGGUGCCUACAAUGACAAAUGAGGUACAAACAGGUCGAUUGGGCGGCGGCCAAGAAUCGGAUUCUGCAAUUUUAUGCUCAAGGGGUGGAGAUAGAGAGAAGGUUAUGUGAUUUAAGAGGGCUAAAAGAUGGAUUGCUAAAGAGAAGCAAGAUCUUGCAAAGUAAAGGGUUGGCUAAUGGAUCUGGCUGUUAACUCUUAAUUUUCCUUUUUGUUUCGAGAGUUGGAGAGUGGCUGAUAAGUCCCUAUUUUCCUCAUCCGUUCAGAGGUUGGAAGCAGGGACUACUAGCUCCCUGUAAUUUCUGAGCUUGGGGGUUCUAGGUAAUGAUUUUUUGGUUUGAGAAAUGGAAGAUCCAUGGUUUUUUGUAUGGUUUGUAAAUUUGGGUCUGGUUUAUUUUUUAAUUAUGAUUCUCUCGUGUGAAUAUUUGAGCUUUUUUGUGUAUAUGGUUCUGUGGUUUCUAAUCUA